GGCAAAUUGUAGUUCCGGUCCUACAGAGCUCCCCAUCCACUGAAAGGCACUUUGGACCUUCCUUGCUGUACUGCGGGUCGACUUGUCGCGAUACUAAAUGACAACAUUUCCACUCCCAACGACCACACUUCGAAUUGGAAGAGCCAAAGGCUCACGAUAACCACCCAACUGUGACCAAGAAAGCCUCUAUCGCUGCAUCGAAGUAAAGCGAAAACGACAACAUGUCGACUCGCCAGGCUGCACUGUCGCUCUACCGACGAACUCUCAAACUCUCUCUCAGCUGGGCAGUGCACAGGCAUCUCUACAGAGGCCAGGCGCUAUAUAUUCGGUCUCUUUUCGAAGCGAACCGGCAUGUCACAGAUCCUCGCAAACAAAGAGCACUGCUGGGAGAGACGGAGAAGUUGCUAGAGACUUGGAAGCAUCCAGACCCAUAUACCCCUCCUACAGCACCAGGAGGAUCUAAGUACGAGAGAAACCUGCCAGUACACUCAACCGACCCACCGCCGGAUUUGAAGUUUUAAAUGGGAACAUGGCUAGAUUGAAGAUGGGCAGCGCCGAGUUGUACAUACAAACUGUAAUUUGCGCAUAGUCCUACAUCAAUGACGAAAAGUUGCCCAAUAGCAUCAGUUACACAUUGCCUAUAUUUAUCCUUUAUGCCUGCCAAGCUCUCAGU